GGGACGCGGAGACAUUGACGUGAAAGACCUCAGGCUCAAACAAGUCUACCCGAGCUCGAUCGAAAUCCCAGAAAAUGGCAAGAUUGACAUCAUCUUGAUUCAUGGGAAAGCGGCGCAUCCUCAUAAGACCUGGACCAAGCAGAAGCCAGACCAAGCAGUUCAGGAUGGCUCUCGCCCGGUGCACAAGAAAGAAUACCUGGACUGGACCACUCACGAAGACUGGUUACCAUCAGCAAUCCCAGGUUCGCGCAUAUUUCGCUUUGGCUAUCGCGGAGAUUGGUACGGCAAAGAUGCCAUCAAGACACGAACAUCCAGUAUUUCUGCAUCUCUGUUAGACCAGAUCGCCAACGCACGCCGAAAUUGUGUCAAUCGGCCCUUGCUGUUUGUUGCCCACAGCUAUGGUGGCCUAGUCCUUGCAAAGGCGCUCGUAGAUGCAUGGCACGACCAGACGAGAUGGCCGGACAUCCACACCGCGACUGUAGGUGCGGUCUUCAUGGGCACCCCAUUCCGAGGAACGUCUCAUCUGCUUCAUCUGUCUGUACUUCCGCAGAUUGAGAGCACGAAUGAAUUUGUCCUCCGAGACAACAUUGAAUCGUCGAAGGCCGACAGCGAAUGGCUGCAGGAUAUGUUCAGUGACUUCUGUAAAAGCAUUCGCGAGUCCGCAGAAGACGACGGCAAAGCGCCUUCCAUCGCAUGCUUUUACGAGCGAGAGCCUACGGGCCUCAGCUUCUACCUACGCAACUCAACAGUCGCAGAGCAAGAGAUCCCAUCCAGCGCCAAUCAGCACAGAGUCAUAUUGGUGAGCGAGAGCUCUGCUUGUCUUGACAAUAUGUCCUCAACGCUCGAUAUUCGAAAGUUUUCAAGAGCAUGCGACCAUUUGAACUUGCACAGAUUUACAGAUCUCGAAGACGAAGAGUGGAAAACUUUCGCACGGGUUCUACAAGAAUUUGCCAGCAAACAACCGCGCCUUUCAAAGUUCUACCGCGAGAAUUUGAUCGCCAGUUUGAAAUAUGAGAACAUGAACGCGCGCCACAGAUCCAUUCCAGAACCAUGCGAGGGCACAUUCUCUUGGAUUCAUACCACAAAUCCAGCUAAUAAACCCGAAUGGCACAGUUUCGAUGUGUGGCUUCGUAGCAGUGAGCCCAUAUACUGGUGCUCUCGAAAAGCUGGCUCCGGAAAAUCGGUGUUGCUUGCCCACAUCGUUGAUGAUGAGAAAACCUUGGAAGGACUCAAGUCGUGGAGCGGUCGAGCCCAUCUACAGCUACUGUCCUUUUUCUUCUGGAAGCCCGGCACAGGGCUGGAAAAUAACGUGCAGGGUUUAUUGCAGAGUUUGCUCUAUCAACUUUGCGACUGCCAGCAUGCUAUCGCCAUGUCCGAAGUGGUCAAAGAACUUCGGCUGACAGAUCAACAAAUCCCGUCCUGGAGCGUCCCUCGAUUAAUUCGUGCGAUCCGUGCAGUUUUGAGGACUACCGAACACACGCGUCGAUAUUGUGUGUUCAUCGAUGGGCUAGAUGAGUUCACUGGUGAUCAAGAGAGACUUCUUGAUUUCGUUCUAUCGCUUCGGAGGCACAGCAAUGUAAAGUGCUGCGUCUCCAGCCGUCCAGAACAAACCUUCGAGGACGCUCUGUGUCAAAUGCCGCGGUUAAAGCUACAACACCUGAAUUGCUCCGAUAUAUCUUGCUUCGUGCAACACAGUCUCCGCAGAGCGAGAGCAGCGAACGAGCAAGAGCUUGUGAAGAGCAUUUCCAGCCGCGCAAAUGGAGUCUUCUUGUGGGCCGCUCUCGUGACGAAAGAUGUGGUCCGCGGAAUCAAGGCACGUGAUGAACAUGACGUGCUUGCCAGCAGAAUCGACAAGUUGCCUCUGGAUCUAGGAGACCUCUAUCGGAAAAUGCUGGAGACCGUGGACCACGAGCACAAGUCGUUCUUGGCAUUUUAUAUCCAAUGCUUGAGAGCACCUACGGCAGAAUGCCGACUCUGCAGGUCCAUCAGCAUCCUCACAGCCGAGCGACUUCAGACGGUACCCACUUCCUACAAGGAAUUCGUAGCUCAAUGCGAGAUCACCACGGCUCAAAUUGGGGCCCAUUCCGGCGGGCUGCUAGAGGUUGACGAAGUAACCCCCCUCCUCCGGCUUAGUUGGGACACCUUACUGAAGACACCAGACUUCGAAUGGAUCGCCGUGCAGGAGAAUGGCGGUAAACAGGCACUGAAAGUGGAACGUCACCGGGCUCCAGCUAUAUACUAUACCUCUGCUCUACACUGGGAGGCGCAGCAGCUGAAAUGGGUUCAUCGCUCAGCGUACGACUUUGUCGUCGAAUCUGAAAAUACACAUGGGCUCAAGCUACCAGCUUUGAUCGAUGUUUCUAUUCGUGUUUGGCGAGCUGCUCUCAAGUACAUCUGGAUCGCACCGUCUGUUUACUCGCCUCAUUAUGGUGACUGCGCUGAUGCAGAGCCGCGCGAUAACGGUCGCCCCAUACCGACUGAUCUCGACUCUAUAUUAGCAAGACACAAACUCGACGGUUGCGGGAGACCAUGUGCGAUGAGGCCUCGCUCAUCCACUGUGCGCCGCAUUCAGGAUCUAAUAAGUCUAGCGCAGUAUGACACGAUGAUUGUACAUGACCAACUAGAUGAGCUGUUCGAGGUUUUCAAGCGCUUUGAUAUCGACGAAGUUCAAGUCGGACGGCAGGGCGACGUCAGCAGAAGAGUCCACGAAAUUGCCUCUGUGCUCAUCGAACCAACUACUUUGAUAUUCUGGGACCUGUGCGCGAACGCUCGCUUCUUCUCGGUCGUUGACAGAUGGACGGGCACUCUACCAAAGCCUCAGGAAACAAGCAUGGCCUUGUAUCUCGUGGAACUCGUGAUCUAUAGCAUCCAAUGGGUGGCAAGUGGAGGGACACAACUUCUAAAACAGAAUGCCCCCUUGGUAGAGAGUAUGAUGCGCUACUUCAAGCCGCGGCUGAUCCAGACGAAAAUGUCGGAAUGUGUUGAGGGUGGUUCAAUCACUGCUCUAUUUCAACAGUUCGACGGACUUGCGGGUUACGCGAGAUGCGCGUGGACUGCACCUGGAGGUAACGCCGAUCAUGAGAUAGGUUUGAUAUGCAGAGAGCCCAGCAGCUGCAAUCAUGCCCACGGCCUUGAAGCGAUGACUUGCGCGGCCAUCGCCUUUGCUUCAUGGGCGUGGUCGCAGCUGUCGACUCUUGGUCCGAAAACCUGGGAUGAAUUUGAGCUGGGUCAUCAAAUUCGUCAGCACUUCCAGUGCUGCGAUGAGGCUCUCGGCUCCAGAUGUAAGUCUUUCCAUUGUCCAAACAUGUACCUGACGAACAUCUUGGAUGCACAAAUCAACCGGGACGUAUUGCAGAUCACCAAAUACCUAAAAGAAGAACAGAACCUCACUAUUGCCCAAGCUGUCAAUCGUUUGGACUUUAGGGGCAUCUCGCUGGUUCUUCGAAACAAGGAGCAGAAUCCAGAUGAAAGCUCGUUCUGGGAGAUUUCAUCCGAAUCCACGAAGCGAGCUGCGAUCACAAGAGAGUACGAGAUGCGAGUGAUCGUCGCGCCCAGCCGCCAGGUUAACGAGAUCGGUGAAUACGCUGAGGAGGUAUGCAUUCGCGAUCGGGCCGGGUAUCGAACUGCUCGCCAUCGCUAUCGAGAGUUCAUUGACCGCGCCUUCGAGCAAGAAAUCAAACAAAAGAGGGAUGAGUCGAAGGAGUUCGACUAUCGGUCGAGCACCACGUACCCAGAGACAUAG